ACAGGCCGGCCGGCACUUUGUAUACCGCCGUCGCGUCGUGCGGACGCGUUGUUCGUCUUUCUUUCGUUCGUUUCUCUUUCAUAAGAAUUCUCUAAUUCUCAAAUAUGACAGUUUUAAUCGAAACUUUAUUUAAAAAUUCAUAUCUGAUAUCGCGCAUUCUCGUCGUCGUUGGAAAAAGAAUCAUCGUUUAAAAGAAACUCGCGUAACCGACAAAGUUGUAUCAGUCAUCCAAAAAAUGCGACUGGGAGAAAGGAGAUUCGAAUGAUAAUUGGGAAGUGAAGAGAAAAACAGUGUUAUAUAUUUUCUAAUAAUAAAAGUGUACAGUGUGUUGAAAAUAAUCGCCACGUUAAACCUCAAAGUUUAGAAAAUGGAGUUCCUACAAUCAUUGAAGGGAGUUUCGUCUUUUAAUACCGCCAGAAAUCCUUUGCUCGGCUGGAUAACUGGCGGGAAUGAUCGUCCGAUAAGCAUCGCAAAUUUGUGACGGUAGACCGGGUGUCUCGCGUUCAAGACGGCGCGGCGCAGUGUUUCCACUUUUCGGUUCAAGUGUUAUGUGUGAAUGUGUAUUGCUUGAUUUCAUUUGAGAAAUCAUGCCGUUCGUGCUGCGAAGAGUGGAACCGCGUUUUUUGUGUCGCGGACACGUGCCGGCGGGAUCGACGUCACAGGGUUGGCCGGUGGGCGCCGAAUUGGAGGCGGUGGCGAAUGGCGCGUUGACCACCUCGUUGAAGCAACUCGCGUCACUUCUCACCACCGCCGAGGACAUCUUCGCCGAACUAACCGCCGAGUUGACCGCCGUUGCCGACAGGAGCAGCAAAUUGCGCCAAAAGCUAGACAAGGUCGAAGAACGUCUCGCCAUCGUCGACCCGAAGAAAGUACCAGUCCCGGAAUCGGAUAUUUGCACGUUCGCGACAAGGACAGAGCAUUUUCAUAUCGUUAACAAACCAUCGACGGCGCUGUUCACAUCAAACACCAGGCCAAAACCAUUGCGGGAAUUAUACGAGGCUGCUGGUAUAGUCGCUGUCAGAAGUUUGGAUAGUCUAAGAAGGGAUGGAAGCUCUAUGGAUAUGUUCCUCUGCACACCCGUCCUUGGGAAGAGAAGGCGAGACCAAAGUCUCGACAUCGAAUCCAGGAUCCCAGCUGCUAUCGAGGAUCUACGAAGAUGGACAUCUACGGAAGCGCUCGGAGACGUUACUGUACCACCGGAUUGCAUGUCCAGAAUCCUUGGAGAUACAACGACUGACGAUGCCGUUGAUCACAAGCUCCCUAGCCCCGAAGAACAAGUUCAAGCAAUCGCUCUCAAAUUCCCAGCGGAAAUCGUGGCGGUAGAUAUCAGCGGAAGAGGAUUCGAAAGAAUGUCGAUGAGAAGAAGAUCUCUGCUGUCUAGUCAAGAAAAUCAAGAGACAGCGGUGAAACGACGAUCGAGGCCUCGCAGGCCCAGAGGAAAAAGACGAAAUACGAUCGCUGGUACCGAUCAGAAGGAAAUUCGACAGGCUAUCGGAGAAGAAACGACUGGAGAAGAAGCGGAAGAGACAAUGACAAACAUAGCGUCGAGGGCUCAUCGAUCAGCGAGUACGGAUAUAUUGGGUUCGUCGAAGAAAGACUCGCCGACGGAAAAAAAAUCUCACUUCAAUACGUUGAAAGCGUGGGGUAUGUCCAGAUUGAAACUAAUCAGUCCGAAAUCCAGUCAACAGUCGGAGCAACAGGAGACAAGCGCUUCGGGUACAGAGAGGUCAGAACAGGAUCAAGGUCAGUCGAGAACAGCCGAAGAAACAAAUAUUUACGAAAUGGUAAUAACCAGGCGCAGGAAGGACAAAUCUCACGAAAGGAAGCCGAGUUCCUCGAGCUCGAGCGGGAAGAGCACCUCGAGUAUACCGGUAUCCGUCCCGAGCACCGACAGACAACCGAGCGUGAAAUUGCGUGAAAGCGCAGCCCAAAGAAGAGAAAGACGAAAGGGAAGCAAUCGCGACGAGCCGCCUCAUUCCAGCUCUGGAAACUGGAGUGCAUCCUCUGAAAGCGGAAGGGCGAGUAUCGGAAGCGAAACCACCACUACCACACAUCAACCGAGAUCGACGACAACUGCUUCAAUUGGAACAUCAUCGACAUCUUUGAGUCACGCAAGGCGGUUUAAAGGACGAGAUACAUCAACAUCAUCCUCGGUAACGUCAGAGGGUACAUUAACUCCAGAUAUUAUACAAGAUAUUACCGUGAUACCUUUCUCGGACGAUGGUGAAACAUCAUCUGUGUAUUCUUGUGAUACGGAGGGUUAUUACACCUCCUUCCAUGUGGACUCUGGCUUAAAAACUCUAAGGGAAGAGGAUCCAGCUCCGCAGUGUCCAUUGAUGAAAUCUAACGAUGUCAGCUCCGAUCCUACUUCACCGGUUGUCGAAAAUGAAUACGAACUGUUUGGAAGGGGUUCAACAUCAACAACGACGAGCUCAGCGGGCACAGUCUGCACCGCUUUAAUGGCACCGCCGCCGCCAGAAAGGAAAUCUAGCCUAACUGUUGUCGCUAUGGUUCACGGACCGAACCAGAACGGUGGCGAAUCUCCAGACAGCGGUCAUAAUACCUCGUCAUCGCCUGUGGAAUCAGCCUCGAGUCCAGCAUGCACAGGAAGGUCAUGCUCGGAGUUCGAAUACUCUGAAUCGAGCGAUCUCGAAGGCUGUGAGAGGAUCGAAAGGAUCCGUUCGAAAACUGCGAUCAAUACGAGCCGCAUACCGUCCAUGUGCGUGAUUACGCCACCAGGUUCAGACGACGAACAUGCAAGAGAUUCGGAUCAGGCAAGCAAAAAUGCCGAGGACGAAAAGAUCGAUCUGCAAACGGGAAGUUCGGUACUCAUGUCUGCCACGGUUGGCACUUCCAAGAUGGAAGUGAUUAAUGGACAGGACAAGAACCUCUAUGCCACGAUUCAGGUAUUAUCUUUGCCUACAAACGAGAAAUCCACGGUUGGACCGAAUCAAGUGGGCAAGAUCAAUCCGCUAAGCGGAGUUCUAGGCAAACUUCGAGGCGUACUUCCGGGCAGGAAACAAGUGCCAAAGAGUACGAUGCAAGACCAAGCGAACGCAGACUCCGGCGACUAUGUCACCAUAGCCGACGUGAGAAAUAACAAUGACAAACGUCAAGAUUCGGCUUCUUGCUCGACUAGCGCGACUCCUGUUCGGUCACCUGUUACUUAUGCGAACUCAGAUAUUUUUAAGAGAGAUGCUGAAUAUGUUAGCCUAAGCGAGUUGCCAAAGAAGCCUGAUUCGUCUUUGGAAAGAAAAAGACAAGGUGCCAGGGUUAUGUUGGAUUCGGAAGGCAAAGUCGUUUAUUCAUCCGAUAGCUUGAAGAGGAGGAAAGGCGCACAUACUACGUUUAAUCCAGGUCCAUUUGUAAGAGAAGGAGUGUCACCAAGUCCAUCACCAUUAUUGCACCGUGCAACGCCGAACGUUCGAGCAGUGACGAAGAUCAGCGACACGGUGGAUGGUUCAAACAAAUCUACGCCACCUACUUCGCCCCAAUUAGGCAAGGUGAUCAUCAGAGCGGCGAAAAGUCCCGAUCGCGCGGCCAGCCCGGAUUAUGUACGAACCCCUACGACGGUGGUUGGUCCAACGAGUCCGACUCCUCAUCGACAAGUUCGCGGGGCUUACGUCAACGUGCAAGACGACGAAGACAAUACACUAUUGGCAAUAGACUCGGUGCCUUCUCAUGGGAUAGUCCAACCUCCACCUUAUAUUUCACCUCCUAAACUCGAUGAACCUCAGAAGCAGAAAAUCCAAGAGAUCUUGAAGGCCCCUCCCACAUGCCAGAAGAUACAAACGUGUGAUAAGCAACAGACGACUGUCAGCUAUGGCCAACAGUCAGCUCAUCCUCCGAAUAUUUACGCUCAUGAUAUUCGACGAAAUCUGUGCAACAGUAACGAUAAAUUUUUCGAACAGAGUAAAACAUCACAUUACAACGACUUGCAACACGACUGUGACCAACGUCAGAUCGUGUAUAUGCGAAAUGCCAGAAAUCAGCAAUACUAUGCGUCUGGAAAAGACGUUAGUCGACAAUUUUACACGCUACCAUCGAGAAGAUUACAGAGGGACGUCGAACCACCUCGAAGUGUCACGCCGGAUAUCACGAGGGGUCUUGGACGGAGUUCGUUGAGUACGAUGCAUGUGAUUGCCAGGCAUGGCCAGAAGGUAGAACAGGAUCCUAAUCGCCAUGGCUCUCAGAUGGAAUUGAGUAAAAGAACACCAGAGAUCAUCGAAAUGGAGAAUAGAUUAAUGCAAAGUCAGGAGCAACAACAGAUUGUGGAUUUCAGAAAUAGAUUCGCAACACCAUUAGGGCUAACAGCGCUUGGAUAUCGAUUCUUUGCGUCCUCGCCUGUUCGUGAUCCCGUUACGAAGUCUCCUAGUGCUGAUGCGUUAAAGUACAAUCCAAUUUCUCCGAUCGGGCACGGCUACGGCAAUAGUUUCAAGUCGUCCACGCCGACUGGACGUAGUAUGCCAACUGUUGCCGAACGUUUGGCUCAAACCGCCAAUAACUCGUUGUCGAUGCCCAACUCCGGAAGAAGCACUCCUGUUCAAAGUUCGUCUGGUCGAAGUACACCAACGAACUUGAUCCUUUCGCCGACGAAGAGUACCAUGUCCAACGAAGAACUGUUCGCUGCAAUACAUAAAUCGAAGAAAAGGUUGAAUAUUAAGGAAGAUAACGAAAAUUCCUCUCCCUACGGAUCGACCAAUUCGUUGGUAAAGAUGAUAUCUGGAAGUGGUAAUAGCUGGAGUUCCGAAUCACAAAAAACGUCGGUAACACAAAACGUUCAACCAUCCUCGCCCGCCACAUCGCGACUGGACUUCAAAAGGCUACUCCUUCAGCAGAGCGUGAAGACCGGGCCUGUAAGGGUCUCGGCGGCAGAGCAGUUGAAACUAUCACGACAGCAGAACCAACAGCAGCAAUCAUCAAACGUCCAACAAACGACUUCGUUGGCCAAAGUCCUUAGUCCCCGCUCAGUCUGGAGGUUCCAAACGCCACGAACGGACGUACUGUCGUCUACGAUAAUCGAAGACACAGCUGCUGAGGAAAAGGCAAUGAAACCAUCUCCAGAGAAUACUUCUCCCGUAUUAAGACUGAACGUUAGGCGACAAUUGGACCUCUGUAGCGAUGAAAGCAAUGAAGAUUCCAUCGUGUGUAACGACAGAUUAAAAUUCUCUAAUAUAGAAUCUUCAGAUACGAAAGCUCCUGAUAUAAUAGAAACAGAGUCUUCCAGUAAAAAUGUACAAACAACAAACGCGCAACAAGCAUUCACAAAGAAUUCCACUGUGAAUAACAAUAAUAAUCGUGAGACCAGUGCUUCAGUUCCUUCAUUUCCGAGUACUCUACCGUCCGUUUCAAUUACUUCAGACACACAUGCGCAAAGCAAGACUACCAAUUUCACGACUAUCUCGUAUCCUGUAAAUUGUUCACAACUUACCCCUUCGUGUCAGCAAGCGAUAAGCGCUUUUGAGUCAAGAAGAAUCAGCAAUCAACUAGCUAGGGCCCAGUUCUUAUCUGCUACAUCGACCAAUCAGGAACAACACGCUUAUACGAAGAAUAUGUUCCGCGCGAGAUCAGAGUCCCCUCAGAAUCCUACAAUGCAAAACGUCGCUCGUAGUCCUAGUGUUCCGACCCUGGAAACUGCUCUGUGAUCGCAACAUGCGUAUUACGUGUUUGUGUUAGAAGUUUGAAAUAUUUUGGACCAGACUAUAUAUAUAAACCGUUCCUUUCUGUUAACCCUUUGCGUUUGAAAAGUAUUUUAACAUCUCUUUUUGUCAAGUCGAUGAUUAAAAAUUUCAGAAUUUAUGAGAAAAAAUGUAUGAUUGCUUUAUUUACGUUUGCGUCAAUUAAGAAAUAUUAAUUAGUAUCAUUUAUUCUUCAAUAUAUUAAUGUGUGUAUACUAUUGCCCGUAGUUCACGAAAAGCUUAAUAUACAAUACUUAGGAUAGAUAUAAAUGAAUGUUGUAAUUACGAAACGAAUUUGAUAUUUAUUAACCACGUGUACUAUAAUGAAGACUAAAUUAUAUUCUUUUCUGAAGAUUUUAUUAAAUACGUAUUUUAUUAAAACUUAUGUUAAAAGUUUGUAAGUGUCUUAUGACUCACGGAAGGAAGUGUACAUUUAUAUUUUAUAGUGUCUUAAAAGUAAUAUUUUCUCAAAUUGCCUAAAUGAUUACGCGAAAUAAUUAUGGAAUGAAAAUUACUCCAAAAUAGAUAAAUACAAUGAAAUUUUCUUCGAAACUUUUAUUUAAAAGAUCAAGAUAAUUAUUGAUUGUCUAGAGUCUUAUCGUUAUUUGCAGACUUGAUUUCUUGUUAAAGUGCUUGUAAAAUUUACAUAAGGAAGAACAUAUUUUUCAGAAGGAAGAACGUAUUUUUAAAUAUAAAAUUUGUGAUUAAUAAUUUUGUGAACUGAAUACAUUUCAACUCAUGAUAUUAAAACAUUUGUAAGUGCAAAACGUUAAUAGCAUCUUUGGAAUGUACCUACAAUCAAUAAUUGGGUGAUAUCGUAUUGUUCGUCGAUUGUACUUCUGUUGCUAGAUGCGAAACUUCAUUAAAUUUUUGGAGUUAUUGUCGACUUAAUCACGUUUUUCUAUUGUUAAAGAAUAUUUUAUCAAUAUACAAGUGUGAUUGUUCAAGGUGUCAUUGUCAACAUUGUUAACAUUAUGAUUUCUUCUGUCAAUUUUAUGCUAAAGUAUUUCUUAAAACAUUGUUAUAUAUUAUAUUAUUGAAACGAAAGUAGGAUUGAAAUUGAGAUUAGCUGUAGAAAAAAAUUAUGUGCUUUUAUAAUCGAAAUGUGUCUUUAUUUUUAAAAAGUUGAUAAAAUCUUGAUCAUUCAAGUAUUUCUCAUUUCGAUUAAUAUUUAUUUCUUUUGUUCCGAUUCUUUCCCAUUUUGAGCAUAUCGAUAUAAUGAUUAUUUUUGAUGAUUUUAAUAGUCUAGUGAUCAUUUUCGAUAAUGAUGAUACAGUUAAUAUUUGGUGCAGCUAGAGUUCGAAAUUUUAUUUUCGCUAAGGGACGACUGGUUUUUGUAGUCAAAGUAUCGUUUGAAAUAUCUCUAAUGAUGAUAAUGGUUUUUAUAAAUUUUGUAAGAGUAAAAGAAUAAUUUCAGUAAUUUCUGUGUAAUUUUUGUUAAAGUGAAACACGAAGAAUACGUAAUUUUGAGUAGAGCUCUUCGCUGCCAUUGUAUUCAUAUAGAAAUUUGAAUCAUACAAAACUAAAUUAAGUGAUAAUUUAAUAAUUAUUUACCUAUUUUAUAUAAAUAUACAAAAAAGAACACACAGAGAUGUCUUAAUUCGAAGUACUUAUGUAAUCUAUAGAAGUAAAAGCACAAUUAUUUUCUAAAGCUAAUAGCAUCGUUAUACUUGUUUCUUAUACUUCUGCAAGGGUAUGUUUCAUAUAUGUAUCUGAUUUAUUAUAACUUACAUUAAAUGAAAAUUUCCCUGCAGAUACGAUUCAGAGCUAUGACUAAAAACAUAGAAACCAAUUAAUAUAGGUUAAUGCAAAAGUUCAUUUGUUUCUGUAAAUGAAGUUUCGAGUAAGGAAGAAAGUACUCAUACUUCAAUUUGUCUUAAGAAAUAUACUUUACUUUGCUAUCGUUUUGUCACAUAGAUCAUAUGGCACUGAUAAUUAUUGCUAUUCUUAAUUUUUUGUUAUUUGAAAAAAAACAUACACCUAAUAGUGCGUUUAGAGUUUACAUCGAUCGAACAGAUGCCCGCCCUUCUCCCACUCUAAUAAAAUUAAGAAAUAAAAGUGGAAACGUGUAUCUGUUCAUGCUUUCUUGACGUACGCGUGCGAACAUUUAUGAAGAUUGCACGCAUACAUCAUGAAAGCACGAACAGAUUAUAUAUUUCUACUUUUAUGUUUUUAUUUUUCUAGAGUGGAAAAUGAUCGAGCAUUCGUUCGCCUGGUGUAAAUAUACUAUAAUACUUUCCACACGACCGAAUAAAUGAGCAAACGAACUUUUACGUUGACUUAAUGCAAUAAGUGACCGUUCGUACUGCACUUGACUAAGAAUUCCUUUGUUAGAAAAGUUAGAAAAAGGACAAUAAUUUAUUAAAAUCUAUUAGUGUGAUUUCAAAUUUAAAUUAGUAUUAUACAGUAUUGGAUGCGAAAAUAGCACGUCGAAACAUUGAAAGUUGAACAGAAUCGCAUAAGAAUUGAUAAUAGAAAUACUAUUGAUUCGUAUCGUUGAUAUUGACUUAAGCUGUUAAUAUCAUGUAAUUGAUAUCGGAAACUUUCAUAAAACUUGGAUUCCUAUAAAUUAUUCUAUUAAUAUAUUAAAUGCUAAUUCGCUGAAAGCAAUAAAUCACAACGCAAAUAAUCUUUUCGAUAAUUUAAAGUGUAAUAUAAGCACAUACAUGUAUCUUAUGCUUUGUGUUGACUGUAUUGAAGAACAUUGGCUGAAGGGAAGCUCAUAACUAAUAUAUGAAAUAAAGACUAUCAUAAACGUUUGUACAUGAACAAAUAUUUAAGAGAAGCAAUCUUAAUUCGCAAUAUUCUUAUAUUUACAACUAUUUGCCAUUUAGAAAUAGGCUGUAUAUAUUUAUGCAGAUUCAUAUUUUUUCAAAUACAGAUAAAAUAUCCCAAUUUGAAUAAAAGCAUGUUUUAUUUUCUCUAUGUAUAUACAGUCUAAUUAUCAUCGCGCAUUCAUCAUUUUCCUGUUUUCUCUUAAAUGAAAAACCAUAAAAAGCCCACAAGAUUUUUGUUUCCUUUUCUGUUCUUUUUCUAGGAACAAACAUAUUAUAGGAAGUUCAUAAUCACUAUUUGGUCAUUUAAUGCAAUUUAUUCCUAAUAUAUUAAUUUAUUCUUUACAGAAAAAAUAUUAGCAAGACCCUAGAUGUACGUAGAAGGAGUCUGUAAAUAGUACAUAAUAUUUGUAAUACAAAUAAACGCAUUCUGCUUGAAAAAAUCGCUUGCUUAUCUAGUCGGAGUAGUUUGUCAUUCAAAAUUCCGAAUGUUUUUCGCAUUUUUUCUUAUUAUUCGUAAUCGUGGAAAUAACGGGCAUAUAGAAAACGUAUUAUAGCCAGUCGGCAUAUAACAGGAAUUAGGCUUUAUGAUUUAUCGGAUGAUGAAUAGUAAUAUAUUUAAAGAGGACUAAUGCAUAGAUUUACGACAGAGUUGCCUUAAUUAAAUUAUUGUGAGCUAUGUUAAGAUGCUCCAUCGAGCAUUCAUGAAAUGAACAAUGAUGUUAGAUUUUAAGCUGAACUUUUGUACUUUGCUCAGAAUAAAAAACAGAAACAUCCUG